AUGAAGAAACUAAGGGAAGCAAUUGAAAGAGAAUAUCGGAGGACUGAGGCAGUCCUUCCAAUGUACGAGAAAAAAAACGAAAUUGUUCAGCUCAUAACGGAAAAUCAGGUCUGCGUUAUUCUUGGAGAAACCGGAUCAGGUAAAAGUACACAGAUGACCCAGUAUUUGUACGAGGCUGGUUUUGCUGAGAAGGGUUUAAUCGUUUGUACCCAGCCACGUAAAGUUGCUGCGACAAGCUUAGCAUCCCACGUCGCUCGAGAAAUAGGGAGCACUGUUGGAAAAGUAGUGGGCUGCCGUGUUGGAGGAAAUGUUCAAGCAAGUAAAGAGGUGACUGGUAUUGUGUACGUUACAAACCACAUUCUUCUCAAUGAGUGCCUAAAGGAUCCUAAGUUGUCCAAGUAUUCUUGCAUAAUAAUUGAUGAAGCACAUGAACGAAGUCUUUACUCGGACCUGCUUCUUGGCAUGAUCAAGAAAAGCCUUAUUCAGCGUCCUGAGCUGCGAGUGGUCAUAACCUCAGCUACCAUUGAUCCUGCUAUCUUUGUGGCAUAUUUUGACCAAUGUCCAGUACUGAAAGUGUCCGGCAGAAUGUUUCCCGUCGAUGUAAUUUGGAAAGAUGGUCCGUCUUCCAACGUUGAAAAUUAUCUUCAAGAGGCUGUAAAAACAGCUCGCGAAAUUCACAAUAAGGAGGAUCCAGGGGACAUUCUUGUGUUUCUGACUUCUCCAGAAGAAACGGAACGUGCUUGUGAAAUGUUAACAAAGGUUGAGCGGGAUGCUAACCUAGUUUGUCUUCCUCUCCAUGGAAAGCUACUUCAAGAAGAGCAAAAGAAAGUGUUCGAAGAAGCCGGAGACAAACGUAAGGUGGUAUUUGCUACCAACUGUGCGGAAACCUCUAUCACCAUUCCUGGGAUAAAGUAUAUAGUGGACACUGGUAUGGUGAAGGAAAUGAAGUUCGAACCGAAACGCAACAAAAGUUCUUUAGAGGUAACAACCAUCAACAAAAGUUCUGCUGAACAGCGAAAAGGAAGGGCAGGAAGGACACAAGCAGGGAAGUGCUUUAGACUCUACAGCCAAGAGGAGUACGAGGCAAUGGAAGACCAAUCAAAACCAGAGAUCCUAAGGGUUCAUCUUGGUCAGGCCGUGCUGAAGCUGAUGGAACUUGGCAUUGAAGAUGUCAGAGACUUUGAUUUUGUGGAAUCGCCACCUUUUGACUCAAUAACCCUUGCAUUAGAGUUGUUGAAUUCUCUUGGUGCGAUAACAAACGGAAGACUUACACAGUUGGGAGGCAAAAUUGCUCGUGUUCCGCUAGAGCCACGCUUGGCAAAGGUCCUAUUUGAUGGCAUUGACAAAGGUGUAGGUGCAGAUGCGUUAGCGUUGGUAGCCAUUGCAACUGCAGGUGGGAGCGUUUUCUUCUGCAUGGGAAGCGGAGAGGAGAAGCAGGCAGCUGACUGCAGAAAAUUUUGUUUCUGCCUGAAUGGCGGUGACCUACUGACGUUGUUAGAAGUAUACAGGCAAUACCUCAAGCAACCGAAAGAUUUACCUAAACGAAACAAAUGGGCGGUUGCCAACAGCUUUAAUGCAAAGUCGCUUCGAAUGACAGACGAGACCAUCAAAGAGCUCAAGCUGACGUUAAAGCAUGAAUUGGGCGUAACGAUCCUGGAUACGUUGCAACAAGACGAGAACACUGAUGUGAAACUUCAAAAGAUUUUGUUGUCUUGUUAUGCCACCAACUUAUGCGUAUUUACUGGCCACGAGAAAACAGGAUACAGAGUGUUGUCUUCAAACCAGUGUGUUCAAGUGCAUCCAUCGUCAGCACUUAAGUAUCUUGGGGCAACGCCUCAGUUCAUCGUCUUUGACCAACUGCUCAAAACGUCUCGUGACUUUGUCGUCAACGUUACCACUGUGGAAGAGACGUGGCUGCGGGAAAUGAUUUCUACAGGAGCUCUCAAGUAUGACUUGGAAAACCUACUUUCAACUGUACUGACCGAAAUGGUAGUGCCAUGCAGUACAGAGCUCAUGAAGUUAACGUUUGAAGGAUACAGAGGAGGAAAUCUUAAUCAAAUCGAGAGGAAAAUCGCGAAGUCAUGCGAUGACAGCUUGGUUGUGUUAGAGGAGGACAGAGUUCGUGGGCAAAUAAAAGUAUUCGUUCCUCCAAAGUACACGGCGAAGGCUCUGUCAAUGAUGGAGAGUAUCUUGGAGGAAAGCAGAAAGAUACUGAGGAGUGAGGAAAGAGAGGAGCCUCUGAAAGAAGAAUCUUUGGGAAACAGAAUUGUUUGGGGACAAGGCGGUGAAAUAUACGAAGUACUGAUGCCGGACAUGUACAGAACUGUCACGGUUGAUGAGAUAGAAGAUGGCAACGCAGUGGCUGUAUUAGAUCACCUUAAAACCUUUGGAGACGUAGUGAGGCACAGUUUUAAGGAGCAGAAUGGUAAAAUGGGCAUUUUUGUAACUUUCAAACGUUCUAAGGAUGCGAUUAACGCAGUGAAAAGCUCUUCCAACUCCUCUCUGGAAACUGACGUAAAAGUAAAGCCAGGAUUUAUGAUGUCCAGUAGCAUCCAAAGAAGUGUUUCUCCGUUUAAAGCGAAAGCCAAGUGGAUCCGACGUCGCGGUAAAGGUACAGCAUCUGUGGAAUUUCACAACUGUCAAGAUUUUAAUCGCACGCUUGGUAGAAUACCAUCACUUAUGAUUAAGUCAGAGGUUAUUAUUUUCCAAACGGAUAAGGUUCGCGAACAUCAGAUAUUCCUGAAAGGACUCCACCCCGACACGUCAGAGGAGGACGUAAGGUCUGCUAUCGAAGAGAGACUCCCUGUGGUUAAAGUGAAGAAAGUUUAUAUUUCCCGAACUUCAGAAUUUGAAACACCUGCCAGAACUAUCUAUGCACAGAGGGCAUCCUUGCAGGAACGUCUCAGCGUCUUGGCGACAGAAGGCCAGUUUUCAAUAGACUUGAAAAAGCCUUCUCCCAAAGAUUUUGAGGGAUAUGCUUACCUAUCAUUUCAAGAUCCUGAAGAGGGUCAAGCAGCCAUAAGAGCUCUUAAUGGAACGCAUGUUCCUGGUAUCGGAGUUGUAACCCUGCAUCCCAACCAUGCAACAGUCUUGCUAUGUGACAGAAACGUUUACGCAGCCAUCAGAGGUGAAUUCGAAGAAACAAUCGACACUUUAGACGUAACAUUUAACACAAGACUGAAUGUGAAAGUCAAAGAUCAGCCAAAGCAUAAGCGUGUUGCCAUAGAAAUACAAAGUAACUGUACGGAACACUUCAUCUGUGCUAGCACUGCUUUAACCAAAAUUGUCAAUGGUGAUGAAAUUGACUGCAAAAUUUCUAAAAACCUGGAGAUUCUAUUAACUAACUCAGCGAAAGACGUACUUCAAACAAUUGAGAGGGACUGUAGAACCGUGAUCAAUCAAGAUUGGAAGAACGAGGUUGUCAGAAUUUAUGGACCCAAAAUAAACCGAGAAUCAGCAAAACAAGCUAUAAACAAGUUUCUUGAUGAUUCCAUCGCUGGCAAUAGCCACUCUUGGCAGAUUUAUCUUCGAGGGCCAAACAAGCCCCGCGGACUGCUGAAAGCUCUGUUUAUAAGGUUUGGUGCUAAUCUGCAAGGAUUACGAGACAUUAAUGGUGUCCAGAAGAUCCAUGUUGAGUUUAGAAACCACGUACUCAUCAUAGAGAGUUCAGACGAGGCUGAAAAACUAAUCAACAGUUACGUGGAGGAAUGCUGCAAAAAUCCUCCCCAAGAAUUGUUUCCUGUACAACAAGACCACGAAACCCAAUUAAUUUGUGGUAUAUGUCUAUGCGAUUUGGAUACAAAAGCAGGUGUGUACCGACUUGCUUGCUGUGGUCACGCCUACGAUAAGAGCUGUGUCAUUCAACAACUCAAGUCACCAGAAUUUCCACUGAAGUGUGUCAUAGAACAAUGUGGAGAGCCUCUUGUUUGGAAGGAUUUGCGAAACUUGUUGAAUGACCGUGAAAGAAAGAGGCUCGCUUUAACCGCACUGGGUGAGUACGUCAAAAAAAAUCCUGAAAUUGUGAAAUACUGUCCAACAGCGGGCUGUGACAUGGUAUACUGUGUCUCAACUGAUGAGAGACCCUUCACCUGUGAUGCAUGUCUAGCUCAAACCUGCACAUCUUGUCAUGUGCAAUGGCACAGCGGGCUCACGUGCGCUGAGUUCAAAUCGGAAGUGCAAGCAGGAGGAACGUCUUCUGGAGUGGAUGAUGAAGGACCCAAGAAAUAGUAAGAAAUGUCCCAAAUGCAAGACAUGGAUUGAGAAGAAUCAGGGAUGUAAUCACAAAGAGUACAUGUGUUGGCUGUGCCUGCAGGUGUUUCCAACCAAUGUGUACGAUUAUUGA